CAGCGCGCACGCAUUUCCGGGAAGACCCCGAAAGUUUCCGGGAAGCCAGCCAAUCAUGUUUCCAAUGCAAACUCAGUGGCGGCAUUUUCAAGUGGAUGCACUGGCCACAGUCCCGCCCUCGCGUUCUACUGCUUUGCGCGAAAGAAACUGAUGGGGAUCCGAACGGUGGCGGUUAAGCUGCUGCUGCUGCCGGUGUUUGAGCGAAGCCUUUGGUGGCCGUAGGCGUAAUGACCGGGCGACAAAAAACGCUUUUCCAGACGUGGGGGUCAAGCGUCUCCCGGUCCGCCUGGGCUCCUGGUGGCGGUUCCGGAACUGAGAGGCCUCAGAUCCCUGGCAGCUCCAGAGCGCGUAACCGUGCACAGACUGAGGCUGCAGAGGCUCAGCCGGAGACAGAAGAUGACGUGUUGCUGGUCGCGGUGUACGAGGAUGAGAGGAAGCUGAAUCUAGAGGACGGCGGGUUCUGUACCUCAGCAGGCGCCUUGUGGAUUUACCCUACCAACUGUCCAGUGCGGGACUACCAGCUGCACAUCGCCCGGACUGCUUUGUUCUGUAAUACUUUGGUGUGUCUGCCCACUGGACUGGGCAAGACCUUUAUUGCCGCCGUAGUCAUGUACAAUUUCUACCGCUGGUAUCCUUCCGGCAAGGUGGUUUUCAUGGCUCCCACGAAACCCUUGGUGGCACAGCAGAUCGAGGCUUGCUACCGGGUGAUGGGGAUCCCGCAGUCCCACAUGGCCGAAAUGACAGGAUCUACUCAAGCUUUCACCAGGAAGGAAAUAUGGACCAGUAAGAGAGUCCUUUUUCUUACACCUCAAGUCAUGGUAAAUGACCUUUCUAGAGGAGCUUGUCCGGCAGCUGAAAUAAAGUGUCUAGUUAUUGAUGAAGCUCAUAAAGCACUUGGGAACUUUGCUUAUUGUCAGGUUGUAAGGGAACUAGUCAAAUAUACAAAUCACUUUAGAAUCUUGGCUCUCAGUGCCACACCAGGUAGUGAUAUAAAGGCAGUGCAACAGGUCAUUACUAACCUACUAAUUGGGCAGAUAGAGCUUCGUUCUGAAGAUUCUCCAGACAUUCUACCAUACUCUCAUGAAAGACGUGUUGAAAAGCUUGUUGUUCCCCUUGGUGAGGAACUUGCAGGAAUCCAAAAGGCAUAUAUCCAGAUUUUGGAAACAUUUGCCAGUCCUUUGAUUCAGAGGAAUAUUUUAAUGGGAAGGGAUAUUCCCAACCUUACAAAAUACCAGAUAAUUCUGGCAAGAGAUCAAUUUAGGAAAAACCCAUCUCCAAAUACUGUGGGAAUACAACAAGGCAUAAUUGAGGGAGAGUUUGCUAUUUGUAUUAGCUUAUAUCAUGGUUAUGAAUUAUUGCAGCAAAUGGGAAUGAGAUCAUUAUAUUUCUUCCUUUGUGGAAUUAUGGAUGGAACUAAAGGAAUGACUCGGGCAAAAAAUGAACUCAGCCGAAAUAAGGACUUCAUGAAACUCUAUAAUCACCUAGAAUGUUUGUUUGCAAGUACACGCCAUACUUCAGCAGCUGGUAUUUCUGCUAUCUGCAAAGGAGGUAAAGAUAAACGAUUUUUCUAUAGUCAUCCAAAGUUAAAGAAAUUAGAAGAAGUUGUGGUUGAACAUUUCAAGUCAUGGACUGCUCAAAGCACCUCUGAAAAGAAAUGUGACGAGACCAGAGUUAUGAUCUUCUCAUCAUUUCGAGAUAGUGUCCAAGAAAUUGCAGAAAUGCUUUUUUAUCAUCGGCCAAUUAUUAGAGUCAUGACUUUUGUUGGUCAUGCUUCAGGGAAAAGCAUGAAGGGUUUUACCCAGAAGGAGCAACUGGAGGUAGUGAAGCAGUUUCGUGAUGGUGGUUACAACACAUUGGUUUCUACCUGUGUUGGUGAAGAAGGGUUGGAUAUAGGGGAAGUUGAUCUUAUAAUAUGUUUUGAUGCCCAGAAGAGUCCGAUUCGUCUUGUACAACGAAUGGGUAGAACUGGCCGCAAACGUCAAGGCAGGAUUGUUGUUAUCCUUGCUGAAGGACGGGAAGAACGCACUUAUAAUCAAAGUCAGUGCAACAAAAGAAAUAUUUAUAAAGCUAUUUCAGGCAACAGGCAAGUCCUUCAUUUUUACCAAGGAAGUCCACGAAUGGUUCCUGAUGGAAUCAAUCCAGAAUUACACAAAAUGUUCAUCACACAUGGUAUCUGUGAACCAGAGAAGCCUUCUCGGAAUGUGCAGAGGAAGUCGUCUCUCUUUUCUUAUAGGAAUGGAGUCAGGCAAAAUAACUCAAAAAAAGGUUGGUCCUUAUUGGAAGAAGAAUAUAAAUUAUGGAAUACACUUUAUAGAUUAAGGGACAGUGAUGAAAUUAAGGAAAUAACAUUGCCUCAAGGUCAAUUUCUGUCUUUACAGAAUGAGAAAAACAGCCUAACACAGGAACAAACCAUUGGAAUUCAUCAACUCUCUCUUUCUGAAUGGAGAGUGUGGCAGGAUCAUCCUUUUCCUACUCAUCAAGUUGACCAUUCAGAUCGAUGCCACCACUUUAUAAGCAUUAUGCAAAUGAUAGAAGGAAUGAGACAUGAAGAGGAAGAAUGCAGCUAUGAAUUGGAAAUGAAAUCUUAUUUACAAAUGGAAGAUGUUAGCUCAAAAUUUAGUGCUCUCAGGAAUAAAUAUAAUCCUCUUACUGACAGCAGCCUUACUGCUAAGAAGAGAGCUUUACUUACAAAGAAUAUAAAGCAAAAUAUUUCAUUCUCAAUGGCAGAAUCUGAUGAAGAAUGUGCUGAAAUUUUGAAACAAACUCAUAUCAAACCCACUAAAAUUGUUUCUCUGAAGAACAAAGCUUCUAAAGAAAUGAAAAAAGAUCUGCCUAAAAAAGAAAAUAAUUAUAGUAUUAUGAAUUCUUUGGAUACUGAAGAAAAUUCUGUUGUUGAAAAUGCUUUUCAUAUAGCCAUAUCAAGUGAUAAAAUGGCAUCAGAUACAGAUGAAGUUGCUGCCCCAUGUACUAUCCAUGAAAAUGUUAUUAACGAGCCAUAUGUCUUACUAACAGAGUGUCAGUUUACAAAUAAAUCCACCAGUUCAUUUGCUGGAAAUUUUUUAGAUUCUGGUUAUAACAGUUUUAGUGAUGAGAAGUCUUUUCCAUCAAGCUUGUUUCUUCCAUUUGAAGAAGAGCUUUUAGUUAGAAGAGAUGAUCAAUUUUAUAGUUGUCAAUCAUUGACAGAAGAGAUACUAGCUAAUGUAGAGAGAUUUUUAUCUCAUUCUCCUCCACCUCUUAAUGGGCUCUCAGCUUUGGAAUAUGAAAUCACAAAGGAUUCUGCACUUAAAAAUUUGCUUUUCCCAUCCUACAGAGAGUAUUCACAAAAUGAUAAAUCUACCUGUUUGAUGUCAACUUCAGCUGUGAAGUCCCAACAAAAUUUAGAAUUCAAUUUACUAAACUUAACCUCUUCUACUGUUAAUCAUUCUUCUGAAAUAAAUGGCCUUCAUGGUGCUAGUAAUGGUAAGAUUUCUGAUGUGCUAAUCUGCUGUGACCAUGAUGGUGAACUACAUAAAGAUAUUCAAAAUGAAAAUUUAGUACCUGACAAUCAUGCUCAAAUAAACAUAGGCCAUUCACAGUAUUCCGGUAAAGAAAAGAAUCCUGAUGUUUAUAAUAAUGGCCUCUCAACAUUGUUCAAUGAUCAGAAUGAGAGUUUACUAUUAUUUGAAGAUGAUAAUACAGAGUUUAAUAGUGUAACCUUUUCUCCCUUGAGUAAAUGCAAACCUUUGUGUGUGUUAGACAAAACUGCUGUAAGUGAAAUGGCAGUGGUCUCUCAGUUCUUAAUUUCUGAUGAACUUUUGUUAGACAAUAAUCCUGAAGCUCAAAGGCAGAUCAUCUGUGAUAAUAGUUGGAAAUUUCAUACAGAUUUGAGAGGUGUAAAUGAGGAAAAAGUGAAGAACAAAGAAUAUGUGGUUGAUUACUCUAAGGAUUUAUUCUCUGUUACCUUUGAUUUAGGAUUUUGUAGUACAGAGUCUGAUGAUGAAAUAUUAGAAAAUGUAUCAGAGACAAAUAAGAAUAGGCUUCUAAAUGAUCUAUCUGGAAGGUAUUUAGAUAUUAAGGAGAUAAGUGAUGAAAAUUAUGUUUCAAAUCAAGCAGUAAUACCAAGAGAUCAUGUUGAAAGUUUUAUGAGAAGAAACAUUACUGUCUCAUCAAGUGAAGAUAAGCAGAGUCCAAAUUUUGCACUUUUGCCACUGAGUGCAGCAAAAAAUAAAGAAUUUAUAUCUCCUGAUUAUUCUCAGUUUCCUUUGCUGGUAGGAGAAAAAGUUAUGAGUACACCACUUUCUGAAUCAAGCACACUGAACUCAUUUUCUAAGAUAAGAGAAGAAAUGUCCAAAACACCAGUUUCUAAUAAAGAAAAAUUAAAUCUACAAAGUCUUGACAAAGAAGCAUUGAAUUCAACUUUUGAUGAUUCAGGACUUUCUCUACAAAAGGCUAAAAGCAGUGAAAAAAACAGACUUCAUCAGUCCUGUCAUUAUUCUGUGGAAGAAGGUGAACAAUUAUUAACAAGUACUGAAAGUGAAGAUGAGAUUUUCCAAAGAAGAUGUAAAAAAAUAAGUGUUUUAAAAUCCCCUGAGGAUCAGAAAAGUAGUGAAGUUGAUUCUCCACUUCAUGCUGUCAAAAAGCGCAGGAUUCCUCCAAACAGAUUAGAAUUAUCAUCUAGUGAUGAGAGUGAGAAUUUUCACAAACAUCCACAAUUAGAAGACUUCAGGGGUCAUAAUAGGAAUCCCAAAAGAGGCGUCAAAGUCCAAAAGAGACACAGCCACCUAAAGCACGUAGCUAGGCAGUUUUUAGAUGAUGAAGCAGAACUUUCCCAAGAGGAUGUGGAAUGUGUUUCAUCAGAUGAAAAUGAUGAGUCAGAAAAUGAACAAGAUGCCUCACUAUUUGGCUUCUUUAAUGAUGAGAGUCAACUUUCACAGGCUGUAAAUGAUUCUGAUAUGAGGGCUAUUUACCUGAAAUCUUUGCGCAGUCCGUUGAUGAGCAGUCGUUACAGAAUGGUCCAUAAGAAACAUCGCAAUAUGAACAUUUUCUCACAGAUCCCUGAGCAAGAUGAAACCUAUUUAGAGGACAGUUUUUGUGUUGAUGAGGAGGAGUCUUGCAAAAUCCAAUCAAGUGAUGAAGAAGUAUGCGUUGAUUUUAACUUAAUAACUGAAGAUUGCUUUUCAAACGGAAGUAAAACAUAUAAAACCCGACGUGCAGUAAUGUUAAAACAAAUGCAGAUGGCCCAAAGUUGUACACCUCCAAAAAAGAAAUUAUCCAGAAUCAUUUUACCAGAUGAUUCAAGUGAGGAAGAAGAUAAUAUAAAAGAUGAAGGAGCAUCCAGUAUUGUGGUUAACCCAAGCACUGUUAACAAGAAUGACCAACAAGAUUAUUGUCUGAAUUUUGUGCAGUCUGGGUAUUCAUUGCAGUGCAAAGUCCAUGCUAAUCUAAUUAUUAAUCAGUCACCAAAGCAGGGACAACAGAUACCACUUAAUCUAAAGGAAUCAACUUCUGAACCUCAGAGCCAUAACAAAGUUGUAUCUUCAUCAUCUUUCACUCCUGUUGAUUCACAGGAAGACUGUAGACAAUUUCCAAUUCCAUUGAAGGUUGGUAGUACUCAGGAGGAUUCUAGUUCCUCAGUGGCAUAUGGUUCCAAUUCAAGACCACAUUUGGCUGAGGCAUACACUUCUCUUAGACUUCCACAAGAAGGAAAAAGAACCUAUAUUCUUGUAGAUAGUCGUGAAAUCACUUCAGGUUCAGAAAUAAUUUCUUCUCUAAGAGCAAUUCAUGGAUUAGAAGUAGAGGUUUGUCCUCUUAAUGGUUGUGAUUACAUUGUGAGUAACCGCAUGGUGGUGGAAAGGAGGUCUCAAUCUGAGAUAUUAAAUAGUACCAAUAAGAACAAGCUCAUCGACCAGAUUCAACACCUGCAGAGCAUGUUUGAAAGAAUAUGUAUGAUUGUGGAAAAGGACAGGGAAAAAACAGGGGACACAUCAAGGAUUUUUAGGAGAACAAAGACCUAUGACAGCCUGCUGACUGCCUUAAUUGGUGCUGGAAUCCGAAUUCUUUUCAGUUCCUGCCAAGAAGAAACCGCGGAUUUGCUAAAGGAACUGUCUUUAGUGGAACAAAGAAAGAAUGUUGGUAUUCAUGUUUCAACAGUGGUGAACAGUAAUAAAUAUGAAGCACUUCAGUUUUAUCUAAGUAUUCCCAAUAUAAGUUAUAUAACUGCAUUAAAUCUGUGUCAGCAGUUUUCAUCUGUGAAAAAGAUGGCCAACAGCUCACCUCAAGAAAUCUCCACGUAUGCACAAAUAACACAUCAAAAGGCAGAGGAGAUCUAUAGAUAUCUUCACUAUGAAUUUGACAUACAAAUGUUACCAAACAGUCUUAAUCUUGGUAGACUGAAAUCUGAUGCAUGAUUGGACUGCUCAAAAUGCAGUUACCAAAGAACUCUCACAAUACUAAAUGCACUUUAACAAUCAUUGCUGUGGUUUAUUAGUUUAAAAUAUGUAAAUAAGAACAUUUUCUAAUCUCUUAAAGAUAUUAUUUUCUGUAUUGUACAUUUUUAUUUAUGUAGAUUAUAAAUUAUUUAAAAAGAGAACCACUGAUGUUCAAUAAUCAUUUUGACUAACUGGAUUAUGAAAUAACUUUUUAUUGAAUAAACAAAGGUUUAUUAAAGAUGCUACUGAGGGUAGUUUGAGAAAGUUAAAGCUAGAGUUUGAGAUGUAUUUUGAAAUUUUUCCAAAAAUUAAAGUACUGUUGUUGUUAGCAUAAUAGAUUGAUAUGACUAUGACUGCUGCCAACGUAAUGGUCAUAAACAAUUUUCCUUUGUAUAAAAAUAUAAACUAUAAUAUUAUCUAGAAUAUUUUAAAUGUACUGAAUCCAAAUACAGAUUGGAUAAGGUGUGGUUGUCUUGUGAGAUAAAUGCCCUAGUAAGUAGGAAAGUAGAAAAUUUAACUGAAUAUCUUUAUCUUCCCAAAGGUUCCAUCCAGUUAAAGUACAGUUAGAUCCUACUGAUACGAACUUCAAGAUACUUUAACUUUUUUAUUGUUGAAAUAUCAUAUUCAAAAUGGUAUAUUGGCUUGACCUUGGAAAAUCUUUUUAGUAUAGAUGAGCUAUUGAAUGCAGAUUAAAUUGUGAUGCUAUUAAUAUUGUAAGAUGUUUCCAUAUUUAUAUCUGAAAUAUCUGAGGCCCUUUAGUUAGUCUAGUGCUAAAGCAGUCUUUAAUUAUGAAGAUUUUAUUUUCCAUUUCGAGUCCUUUACCUAUUGUUGCCUUCUAUUAUAGUACUGGGUAGUCGAACAAAGCUCACCAGCAGAGGGCUUUCCUCAACUGAUACCUGACAGGGACUUCAGAACUCUUGUCAUUCAAAAUGCUUCUUUGUUUUUCCUUUUUCUUUAACAGACAAUAAAAGUGAGGCCCAGAAACAGGUGACUUAUUUGACUUGGACUGGCAAAUCUAGAACCAGAACCCAGGAAUAGAUUCAGUUCUCUUUUCAUUUUAUUGCAUUGAUAAAGAGGGCAAAAAAAGUUACUCUGAUUGUGGAAUUUAGCUCCACACUGGUCUGGGCAGCACACGUUGUAGCACCUCCCCUCCAUACCUGCAGAUACCACGUGCCCCAACUCUUUUUAUGUACUUACCCACCAGAUAAAAUACUACAUAAAUUAAAAUGGUGUGAGGGACAUAACUUACUUAGAGGAUUUAUUUAUUCUUGCUGUGUGGAGAACUUUCUCUCCAUAUGUAAGCCUGCCAGUAAUAGUCUCUUUCCUCAUUGAAACCCUUAAUUAUAAACACUAUUGACUAUCAGUCCAUCUUAUCGUUUCAGUUCUUGAGCCCUUUAAGUCUUUCUUUUCCACUUUUAAAUCUUUGGAGGCUUCUUUAAACCUGAUUAACUUAUGUCCUUUUGAAUAAACUAGGUACCUGGCAGGUAGGAUGCACGAUACAGACUAGGAAAAAUCUUUAAGUUCAGUUAGGACACAGAGAAUUAUGGAAGGGAGACGCAGACUUUUGGGUUGGUCAAGUUCAUGCUGUUUCAAAAUUAUCUUUUUGUUUUCGGAUAUGGAAUUUCACUGCUUUCUUAACUUCUAAAACAUGUCCACUAACUUCAAGCACAUACAGUAUUAAACCAAAUAUUGGCAACUGAAGUUCUACAACACUAUUUAAUAGAGCCACUCUGAAAUCAUCCUUUCAUCUGUUCUACCCUAUAUCUACCCAAAAUCUCUGUGGUAAAGAUAAUCAUGGUACUUUAAAGGAGAAUGAUUUUGGUCCAAUUGCACUGUUUUUUUGUUUUUUUUUAAUUUUUGUUUCAAUAAAACCUGUAGUUAUUUAGUUGCUGAUUAU